AUACAGCAUGAGCAAAGAGCCACGGUACAAAUAGCCAGAAGCAGGAGAAGGCACUGCUCGUACGCGAAUUCUGCUUUGCGCACGAGCCCGCUGGCAACUGCUCAAAGGAACCUGCACCAUCUCCAGGUACUUAGAAGUGCAAUCAUGAACCACAAAAACGCUAACUGGACAGAGAAAGAGGAAACAGAUGAGGUCAAUGUUUACUCAUCAAGUGUGAAAAUGAAACAAGACUUGGAUGAGGAUGUGAAUCAAGAGUUUGUUGAAGAUCCGCUAAUGACUGAAAAUCCUAGUCUGAAAAUAAAGCAAGACCCAGACUUGAAACACAAUGUCAGUGGCUCUGGACAUGAUAAUUCUAUGAAUGUGCAUCUCAGCACCAUACUGGAGGCCAAGAGAGAAUGCUACAAACCACUCCCACUGUACACACUGGUGCCCAAGAAGGAGCUGCUUCUUGGCGAUCCAUUGGGAAUCUCUUGGCCCACUGAUUAUAUCAAGGAGGAUCCCAAACUUAAUUUAGAAGUGGAUGAAACCGAGAAUAUUGUGGCAGUCUCAACAAGGAAUAUAUCUACUACUACAAGAUUCGUGAAACAUUUGGAAACUGGUGAAUAGACAGCUUAUAACUGUGCUAUCAUGACUGCCAGAAACGCACACACAACUUACAAAGUGAGCUG